GUGGAUGCUACGUCUUUCUGAGCGCAACAUGAAGGUGCUCUUUGCCGCUGCCCUCAUCGCGGGCGCCGUCUUCUUCCUGCUGUUGCCAGGACCCUCCACGGCUGAUGAGAAGAAGAAGGGGCCCAAAGUCACCGUCAAGGUGUUCUUUGACCUACGGAUUGGAGAUGAAGAUGUAGGUCGAGUGGUCAUUGGUCUCUUUGGAAAAACUGUUCCAAAAACAGUGGAUAAUUUCGUAGCUUUAGCUACAGGAGAGAAAGGGUUUGGCUAUAAGGACAGCAAAUUCCAUCGCGUGAUCAAGGACUUCAUGAUCCAGGGCGGAGAUUUCACUCGAGGAGAUGGCACUGGAGGAAAGAGCAUCUAUGGUGAACGCUUCCCUGAUGAAAACUUCAAGCUGAAACACUACGGGCCUGGCUGGGUCAGCAUGGCCAACGCAGGCAAGGACACCAAUGGCUCACAGUUCUUUAUCACGACAGUCAAGACCUCCUGGCUCGAUGGCAAGCACGUAGUGUUUGGCAAAGUUCUAGAAGGAAUGGAUGUAGUCCGCAAGGUGGAGAGCACCAAGACAGACAGUCGGGACAAGCCGCUGAAAGAUGUGAUCAUUGCAGACUGUGGCAAGAUUGAGGUGGAGAAGCCCUUUGCUAUUGCCAAGGAGUAGGAGCUGGGGACCUCUUUCCAUUGAGGGACCUUCUGUGUGGUACAGCUGGCCCGCCACAGGGCUCCGGCUACACUGGCCCCAGUUCUGGCAUCUAGCAGUGGACCCGCAUCCCCACAUUCCACAGGCCCAGUUUUGUAACAAAUUCCUACCAACGCUGACCAAUAAACAAAGGUGGGGUGAUUUUUUUUUUAUAUA